AGGACUGCAGCUACAUAUAAUCCCAUUCAUUGCCACAUAUCCAUGCAGAGUUGCCACAAAGUUUUUUUCUUUAAUGCAUCUAAAUUAAUUAAUAAAUUAAAUAUGUAUGCAUUAAUGGUGUCGCUUAUUGUGUACUCACAGUGUGUUUCACUGGCAAACGGAAAAACUGUAUUGGGAGUUUUCAAAAGCGAUGCUGCCAGGGAAAACAAAGGACAAUACAUAACAAGAUUUUUGUUUCAUGGACAGAAUGCCUUGAUUGUUUACAAGCUGGAUGAUGUGCCCAUGGCAAAGCAGAAAGAGGCCAAGCUGCUACUCUUCCAAGCGCCGAAGGGAGCGGACAACCUGAGCUGUCUGGAGAAUCUCUCUGGAGCUCAGCUCUCCAUUACCCUGAGCACAGAGGAGCACAACCAGACCAUCCCCAGUCAGCCCUUUCCUCUGAUGUGGCAUGUGAUGUAUGCCGACCGCUACACCUGCCAGGAGGGCAGCAUUGACGAGACUGAGAAAGACGUCCGCUUUGAGAUCAACCUGUUCAACCCUGAUGCCGCCGGCAACCCGCUAGACCACUUUAGUGCCGAGGAGGCAGGCCUGCACAGUUUCUACUUUCUGCUGAUCCUGGCGUACUUCGUGGCGGCCUGCAUCUACAUGCGGCCGCUGUGGCAGGCGCUGCACAAGGGCGGGCCCAUGCACACCGUGCUCAAGGUGCUGUCCAGCGCGCUCCUGCUGCAGUCUGUCUCCGCCCUCUUCAACUACAUCCACCUGGCCAGAUACUCCAGGGAUGGGAUCGGGGCUCCCUUGAUGGGCAGCUUGGCAGAGUUCUGUGACAUGGUGUCCCAGAUCCAGAUGCUCUACAUGCUGAUGAGCCUGUGCAUGGGCUGGACCCUCAGCCGCAGCCGCAAGUCCCAGCCCAAGCCCCUGCAGUGGGACACGUCGCCCGCCUCCACCGCCCUCGCCCUGGGAGCCGUGGCCACCCAGGGGGCGCUGUUGGUCUGGGAGCAGUUCGAGGACACCGAGCACCACAGCUACCACGCGCAUCACGGCACGGCGAGCCUCCUGCUCAUCGCCCUGCGCAUCGCCCUGGCCCUGGUCCUCGCCUCCGUCCUCUAUCAGAUAAUCACAGCCGAGAGGAGCACCCUCAAGAGGGACUUUUUUAUGAACUUCGCCAAGGGCUGCUUCCUGUGGUUCCUGUGCCAUCCUGUGCUAGUGCUCCUCUCUGUGGUUUUCAGCGUGCAUCAGAGAGAGAAGAUCAUCACCAUCGGGGCCAUCCUUUGCCAGUCCAUAUCCGUGGUCAUUCUCUAUAGACUCUUCCUGUCCCGGAGUUUGUACUGGGAGGUCUCCUCCCUGUCCUCCGUCACGCUGCCGCUGACGAUGUCCAGGGGGCACAGGAACCGUUAUUAACGUGCAGCCGCCUGGUAGAGGGGGAGCGGAUUAACUGCGGCACCCGCCCUUGGGACAAAGUGACUAGGAUGUGGCCUAAAGGUGGGGGUGGUCUCCAGGCUUCCAGGUGAGAAAGGUGCUUCCCUGGGUCAGAGGCCCAAUGCGGAUGUGAAACGUAAUGCUCGCAGUGCUGAGAUGAAUUGGGUCUGGUUGGGCCUACAGGAGGCUUAACCUAAGCAUUGCAUUCUCAGGGCUGGUACCAUAGAGUUGUGAGGACUGCUAUGUAAACAACACAGAAAAAGCACAGGAGGAUGUGUAUGACAUUCAACACGCUGAAUUAUUAAAAUAUGAUAUGAAGAAGAAAAUAUUAGCUAUUCUUAUUUCACAAGGGGGGCAAAUUGUCAUACAGGUCAUUGUAAAACUGUAUGAAUGAAUUAUAACUCAGUGCUGCUGAUGACUUAUGAUCACUGUGGUAAUAUAUAUUAGGACCAGUGGUUCCCAGACUGUGAGCUAGAUAUUCACAACAGUCAGUCUAGUGCACAUACUGUUCUGUGCCGGAUAUUUAGAAUAAAAUAGGUUCUGUGUCUGAUUUUACUGUGUAUUAGUCUAAAGUGUAAUGUUGAGUCAGAGAAAAUGUAUGCUUUCAUGUGGCCUGAAAAGAUGAGAUUCUCUUAUUUAAACUUGUCUCUCCUUAUGAUUCUCAAGCAUGCUGGGCAUGCCUAGAUGACAUAACUGUAAAGCUGUUGCCAAUGAGUAGAUGGGGAAAAUAAUUCUGAGAUAUUGUACUCCGACCAUUUUCCGGCAAAUACUGUAAAAGAAAACGAACCAAACUGAAUUUUGAGUUUUUGAAAGAUAACAUUUUGGAAGAAGGAUCAUGGAAAACAUAUUGUCCUAAAAUAUUUUUUAUCCGUACACAUUUUUCAGGCAUUGGUCAAAGGUCCAGUAAAAUUAGUAAUUUAUUGAUAUCUUCCUCAUAGACUGUUUACAGUAUGUUGGCUUGUCAUUGUUUAAAUAAAUUUUAUAUUUGUGGGGGGUUUUCCCAAUAGUAACAGAGGUAAUAGAGUAUAUUGGCAGAGGUGGCAGUGCACACCUUUAUGUGCAUUAUUAUCGUGUGUGGGUUUUUCAACUUAUUGCUAGUAAUAUCACGGUGUUUGAGUAGCUGGCCACCCAUUUAUUCCACAAACUGUGAAGACUGGGACUGUGCAUUAUUAACACCACUAGAGAGAAUAUGUGGCUUCACAGAUAAAUAAAAUAAAGUAAAAAGAAAAUAGCUAUAAUGCUCCUGUAUGACAGCGUUCUUAUGUGGUCCAUAUUGAUACUGCAUAACUGCUGCUUUCUACAAAUAAAUAAAUAAAUUAUGGAUUUACUGAAUUAAGUUGUUUUUCACCUAACAUGAGUUAUAUUAAAAAUGGUUAUUGAAAUGUUGGGUAAAACAAAAUGUAAGUUGGUAACAUAUUUUGUAAAUUUUUUUAUGAGGCAAGAUGGCUUUUUGUGAAUGAUUUGUUUGCUUUGUUUUCUUUUAUAAAAUACUGGUUAAACUCGACAUUACUUGAACACUAAUACUGAGUCACUUUGCGUUAUAUAUGUACAUGGUGUUAUGUCGCAUAGCUCAUCAUUACAUUUUAAGAAGUGCCUGUGAGAAUAUACAUAAUACAUAGACAAUCACUUUGACUUUGAAAGGUGCUGUUGCCAUAUUUUUUACAACCAAAUAUAAGCAUUUAUGCUGUUUAAGGAAAUGUAUUUUAUUUAAUAAUCUAACCGAUACAAUUUUUUGUUAAAAGUAGUGCAUGUUUUGUAUAGGUUUAAUUAAUUUAGUUUUAAGUUAUGCUAUAGGUAAAUUAGUCAUUUCUGUUCAUUUGCUUCAUCUGUCAAAGUAUUAAAUUAAUUGCAGUAAAUUCCAUGUCUCUUCACUUGCUUUUGCUUAAGAUGUUGGUUAAAUAUUGGGAUGGAAUGUUUGAUGAUUUGCACAGGAAAUGCAGUGCACGUUAUGGCACGUAGAGGGCAGUGUUGUUUGUCAGGUUGCUCCAGUUCUACCACAUCAGUACACAGCCAUUAGCUCCGGUGCUGGUGCAUGACUGACAAGCCCACCUAGGAUGCCUAUAAGAUGUUUUCUAAAAUCAAGCAUAAAAUGGCAAAGGCUUGGGCCAAUGAUUUGUACUCAAAGCGCAACCAUGUAAAUUAUGUUUAAAUGAACAAAGUAAACAUAUGCAUCUGUGUCGAAUUCUGCCAGAUGUAAGAAACAUUCAAAUUAAAACAAAAUGAUAAAUCAAAAAAUGGGAGAAUGAAAAAAUAUGUUGUGCAGAUCAAAACUGAUUCCAAGCUGUUAAAAAUGUUACUCAGAAAACAAGAUUAAAGCUCAAUGUUUUUUUUCCUCCUCUUGUUCUUAUUCCUAAAUCUUUACCAAAUGUUUAAAGGUAAAAAUUAAUUUAUCAUUUUUUCUCAAUUAGAGUGCAUGGAAAAUUAUUUGGUAUGGGAAGUUGUCAUUAUGUAUCCGGAUUUGAACAGAUGUUAUUCAUGCUUGCCAACAAUGAAUGUGGCUAUCUAUGCAGUUACAUUUGCACUCUUUGAGAAUUGGGAUUGCAUGGUGUUACAGUCUACUUUCAUUCUUAGUAAACAUGCCAUUUAUAAACAAAAUACUUCCACUUUAAACUGAUGGAAUUGUUGACUAUGUUAAAAUAUCUUGCAGUGAUGUUACAUACAGUAUUCUGUAUGAAACGGGAUUCAUCUGUUUUGUCCAAACAGAAUACCUGUACAGGAAGUGUAACUGCGUUUGAUGCAUGUGAACCCAAAACAUUUAAAAUAUUGCUUUAGAAAUUAAAAUGAAAUAAAAAUGCCAUAUGAUUCA